AUGAUGCGCCAUAUUAUACAUGGCAUCGAGGACAAGCUCGGCUCGCCAAUGCCAGAAGUCAACGACGAGAAACACGCCAUUGACCUGUGUAAAAUCGGAUAG